GAAAAGUCAAAUAAUAUUAAAAACUAUCAUAUUGAUAUUUUACUAAGGGAAAAUUUUAAUUAAAAAAUGUCUUAUAUUUAUCUGAAAAUUCUGUAUUUAGUAAACUUUUUAUAUUUUUAAUAUGUACUGGCAUUACAAAACUAUUUGCCCUCUUUUAUAUUAUAUCAAUCAUUUCAUAUAUUAUUAUGUAGUUUUCUGUAUUUAUUACAAUUAAUUCAUUGUUACUUUACUGGUCUAUUUUAAUAAACAUAUUUAGGUAAUUUUAUUCUGCAAAAUAUUUAUGUUUUGAAAAUAUUAUAUUACCAUUUUCUUACAUAUUUACUAAUAUUAAGCCAUUUUUAUAAUCCAAUAUUAAUAAUAAAUGUUCUGAAUAGGCAUAUAUUGAUGUAAAAUACUAUAAAAUUUCGUUUGCUGCAGAUUUGAAAUAUUUUUAAGUAUCAAAAUUGUAUGUUUCAAAGUAAUUAUUCAACCUACAAGCUUAAAAAUAAGUACUUUAAAUGAAUGAAAUUAAUGUAUAUUAAAGACAGUUUUUGAUAAAAUUAUUAAGAGGUUUCUCUUCAAAAGAAAUAUUUAGGGAAAAAAAAGUGUUUUAUUUAAAAAUUAAUAAAAAGUAAUUUCCUUAAAAUUCACAUUUUAGAAUUAUUUUUUAAACGACUUAUAUGUUUUAUAAAUUUGUACAUUUUUCGUAUUUGUCUAAGUCUAGUUUUUUUAUGAAUUUUAUUUAAGAAUUUUUGUUUUUUUCUGUUUGUUCGAUAAAUAUAUAUAUUUAAGGCUUAUAUUAGAUGUUUUUUUUAUUAUUCUAAUAUAAACCUAUUAUAUAUGUUUGUAAUAAUGUUUCUUAUGAUUAUAUUGAUAUCAUUUCGUCAAGGUUUUUAUCGAUUUCUGGAUAUUUAAAUUAAUUCAUUUGGGGAAACGAUAAUUAAGUCAUUUUUAAAUUUUCCUAUCGACAGGUUGUUUUGGGUAUUAUUUCUGAAUCAUUUAUUUGAAUAAGCAUUUAUUCAUUUUCUGUAAGAAUAAUUUUUUUAUUUUAACAGAUUAUUUUUAUUUUUACAGAUAGUUAUAUUAUUAACAAUAUUAGUAGCAUAUUCAUUUUUU